AUGUGUGACCAGCCAAAAUCCCCGUGCUGCCGGACAAAAUCUCCUUGCUGCCCACCCAAAUCUCCAUGCUGCCCACAGAAACCUCCAUGCUGUCCACCAAAAUCUCCACACUGCCCUCAGAAGCCCCCGUGCUGCCCACAGAAGCCCCCAUGUUGUCCACACAAGCUCCCUUGUUUCCCGCAGAAGCCCCCGUGUUGCAUUCAGGCCAAGUGCUGCUGUCUGGAGCCCAAGCCUGAAUGCACUUCCCUUAGCAAGGAGCCUGAACCCAUAUCACCUGAUACUCAGAACAAGAACUCCCAAACCCAACAGCAGCCCGUAAGUCCAAAUCAGGGGCCUAACCUAGGUGGCUUGGGGCAGAAGAAGCCGAACAAGUAG